AAGCCGAGCAGGAGGGUCUCCGAGGAGGAUGAAGCUCUGCUGGGUCGCAGCAUAUUUGUUACUGUGGAUUUUACUGUUGACUGCAGAUGGAGAUUCUGAAGUGUCCUGUGUUUUUAUGGAGAGAUGCAUCUUACCGUGCAGUUUCCAGACUGGGAAAGAAAUCGUCAUCCACUGGUUUAAGGUACCAGGAGACCUUCACGUCCACUCAUUCUACUACAGCAAAGACCAGCUUGGACACCAGGACCAGCGCUUCAGAAACAGGACUUCACUGUUCAAGGACCAGAUCUCCAGAGGAAACGCCUCCCUGCAGCUGACAGGGGUGCAGGUUCAGGACCAGAGCAGAUAUAAGUGCCACACCAGCACCAUCAGAGGAAACCAGGAGUCAUUUAUUAACCUGAAGGUGGACGCUCCAGUUCAUGAAGUCAGCAUUGAUCAGGUAGGAAACAGGAUCACCUGCAGCUCAGAGGGGAUCUACCCUGAACCUCAGCUCACCUGGUCCACCAGCCCUCCAUCCAACAUCACCUUCACCAACACCACCACAGUGCAGCAGCCUGAACAGCUGCUUUACAGCAUCACCAGCUCUUUGAUGGUUUCAGCCGGUGUUUAUGACCUGCUCUUUAUCUGCACCAUCAGCACUCGCAGGAACAGGAGGAGAGCCACUUUGAGGAAACUAGCUGAUAUCAGUGCUCCCAGCACCGAGGUAACAAUCCCCUGCACCCCCCCAAACACCACCCUCACCAACUUCAGCCUCGUCUGGAGCUUCAAUCACACUCAGACCAUCGUGAAGCAGACCGGGACCAACGUCACCUACUCGGUGUCAGACGGGUGGAAGCAGCAGGUGAAGAAAGUGUCAGAGUCAGGCAGCCUCGUGCUGAAGGACUUAUCCUCCAAACAGGAGGGGGGGUACACCUGUGAGCUCAGCAAUGCUGAGGAGACUCACAGCACCAACACCCACCUGAGGAUCAUCAAAGGGGGUCACAGUAAUGCUGCAGCCAUCGUCACAGCUGUGCUGUUUGGAACCGUGCUGGUCGCUGCCCUUCUCUACAUAUACACAAAGGUUUUGCCUUCAUUUGCUCCUCGGUCACCUGCACAGGAGCAGGUGGGGUCUUGUUCACGAGUGACGGGAUAAAGGAGAUCAACAGAUGUUACACAGUGCUCCUCCACAUCACAGGAACCAGCUGAGGUGGUUCAGCAUCUGAUCAGGAUGCCUCCUGGACGCCUCUUGGGUGAGGUGUCCUGGGUAUGUCCUACCAGGAGGAGGCCCCGGGGCAGACCCAGGACACGCUGGACAGAUUAUAGCUGUUGGCUGGCCUGGGAACACCUCGAUGUCCCCCCGGAUGAGCUGGAGGAGAUGGCUGGGUAGAGGGAGGUCUGGACUUCUCUGCUCUGGUCUGCUCUGCCUCUGUGACCCGGCCCUGGAUUAGUGGAAACAGAUGGACGUAUUCUGAAGAUUUGAGACAUGCCGAAGACUUUCUGAGAGCAUCCAUCAGCUGUUGAAGGGUGUCUUUUUUCUGGUUUUGGCUGCAGCUGAAGGUCAGCGUCCUCCAGGAGAGUUUCUGAUCUUCACACGUUGUGCUAAAAACUGUUUGUUUACAGCGUCAGCUGUACGAGGUUACCUCAUCACUGCUAACGUCUCUCAGGAACACUGACCUGACCUCUGUUUGCUAAUUCCAUCAGUGACAACAGCUUCUUACUGUGAUCACUCUACAUUUUUGUGUCUAAUACAUUAUUGUGUUACAUUCCAUAAUUACACUAAACUUCAUUAUCAGACAAUUAUGCUGCAUAAGUGAAUAUAAAAGUCCUUCAAUUACCUGCAGGACAGGUGGACACAAAAACAAUAACACACACACACCAGGAGCUUUCAGUGUGUGAACCUGAUGAGUGAGAGGGGAAAUAAAAGGCGUGUAAAAAAGAAUAAAGUGGUAAAAACAUAAAUAAGCACUAAUGCCAGAGCAGUGAGAUGAAGGUGGGUCUGACAACGAUUUGAUGCAGCUGGAUGAGACUGAAGUUUUUCUGAGUGACGGCCCUCAAAGUACAGAAGAGUGGGAGGAGACUUUAAACUCUGAUAUUGUGAUAUUGAAGCUCAAAUUCAGAUCUGGGAGAAAUCAUGCUGGACAAAACCAAGACUUUAGAGUGUGACUCUUGGAGGGGUGUAAAAUAGAUUUGAGCUUAAAUAUGUUUAUCAGCUGUGAAAACUUCAUGUGGAUACUUCCUGCACUGAUGAAGUUAUGAAAGUUUUAAAUGAUUAAAAAUGCAGUUUGUGGAUUGAUGGAACUUUCUUCCAAAAUAAGAUAAGAUAGUGUUUAUUUGUCACAUGCACAGUUAUACACAAUACACAGUGAAAUGUAUUUUGUACCUGCAACCAUAUAUACACACACAUAUAAAUAAGAAGAAUAAAAAUAAGUAAU